AUUAUUUGUGUAAAAUGGAUUACAAUAUGAAAUUUGUAGAAUUAUUGAAGAAACAUGAGAAUCAUUAGAUGAUACUUUAGGUGGCAUUAGAUAUUAUGCUUCAGGAGAAAAAUUAUAAAAACCAACUAACAAAGUAUAGAGAUGAAUUGAGAAGAGAUGAUAAAAUUUUAGUAACAAAAUGUACAAAGGCAUUAAAAGAAUUGGCAAUGAGAUCAUAAUAAGAUUAAGUAAAGGCUUUAGAGAAAAUAAAUAAAAUUGAUCAAUAGAUUAUGCUGUAUUUAAAAGAUUAAGUUUUGCCUAUCAUUCAUUUUGAUAGAAAGUUAAAUAAUUAUACUUUCAUAAAGUAUUAUACAGAUCCAGGUAUUAUAGUUGAAUAAUAAUAUAAAAAUAGAAAAUUCAAAAAGUCCAUAAGAUAAUAUUAUUGAGACUCAACAUAGAGAAAAUACGAAUUUGGAAUCUUUUGAAGCUGAUUUUUCAAAAUUAGAAUGGAAAUUGGAAAUAACAUUAUCUAGCAUUAAGAUGAGAAAAGUAUAAUUAAAUAAUGAAUAAUGAUUAGGUAAUUCGACCAUUAAUUCUUUUAAUAUUUCAUACAAAGAAAGGUGUGAAGAAAACAAUGUAUUUAGAUUACAAUCAAUUCUAAGAGUUUAGAAAGAAUGUUGCAUUAGUAUUAAGAUAAAUUCAUAUAAUUGAGAGUAUUUAAAGUAAUUUUUGA